GUAAGCACUUGAUUCGAGGGUGCUGCGGGCUAGCUAAGUGUGUUGUUUGAGUGUCAAUUCGCAUGAGCUUAAACCUCGCGAUGGCCUUCGAAGACCGGUCCAGUCCCAAUGCAGCCUCCAGCCCUAGUCCCACUUGUAGGGGUAUUUCCCCGAACUCCCCGGAAUCCACGCGGACGUCGCCGUACACUUGCACCACCAUCAGCCACGAAGAGGGCUCCAGGGGGUCGCCUCACUAUAGCAUACCCAAGGGGGAGCAGCACCAGGAGCGCUCCUUCUUCAGGAUCACUUCAUUCGCCCUGCCUAGCCCCAAAAGUGAGUGCGACAGGCAAAGCCCGAUUAGCUACCGCUCGCCCUCGCCUGCGGAAAGCGUUUCGUCUUCGCGAUCCUCAGUGCAGAACGAACCGAUUAUCCAAACACUGAAAUACUCCAUCACGAAUAUCCUGAAACCGGAAUUCGGCAAGUCAGCUGUGCUAAAAACAAAGUCAGUGCCCAAAAUCGGAUUCAAACCGUAUGAAAAACAAAACGAAGAGCCUAAAGAGAGCAAACCCUUCUCCGUUGCACCUCUGGGGAGUCUUUGCCAGGCGGUUUCUCAGAUGGGCAGCGCCUUGACGAGAACGCCGGAGCCUAUUCCUAAGGCUAAAAGUCCAGCGAAAGGACUGGCCAAUUCUGAGGACGUCAAGAAGGAUGGAGAGGGCAACGUACCUCAACUUUGGCCAGCGUGGGUUUAUUGCACUCGCUAUUCCGACCGACCCAGUUCAGGACCUAGAUCUAGGCGGAUGAAGAAGAAGAACAGCCCCGAAGACAAGCGUCCGAGAACUGCUUUCUCCAGCGCACAACUCCAGAGACUAAAGAACGAGUUCAACGAGAACCGGUACCUCACCGAAAGAAGAAGGCAGCAGCUCAGUGUGGAGCUCGGCCUCAACGAGGCCCAGAUCAAGAUCUGGUUCCAGAACAAGAGGGCCAAGAUCAAGAAGUCGUCGGGGCAGAAGAAUCCCCUGGCGCUACAGCUGAUGGCUCAAGGGUUGUAUAACCAUUCUACCGUCCCCUGCGACGAGGACGACAUGCCUAUGUCAUCGUAAAUUGUUAAGGUUUGAGGUUAGAAUCGUUGAGAGAGGUAUAUAGUAGACUUCAUAAGCUCUGGUCAUAAAUUACUGUUGGAAGAAGAAAAAUAAUACCAUUUAGGUAGCACAUAAAAAAUCCAGUCCAGGAACGCCUUUCUAAAUU